ACGUAACCGUGACCCACGCACAGGGUUAGUGCAUCCAUUUUCAGAAAAAGGAGAGUACCCAUGUUCAGGAGGUAUACGUAUAAAUAAGGAUGGACUUCCAGAUAUCUUAGCAACACAACGAGUUUUGCAGUACAUGAUCUCUGGAAAAAUAACAGUUCGUCAUGCACGGGGGAUUGUUGUCGGAUGUGCUGGUGCUGGUAAAACAACACUCCUUUACAGACUAAUGGGAAGAGCUCCUCAGGAAAUAAACGAAAUAAAGUCAACAAGAGGACUUCAAAUCUACGAAUAUGUAUUCAAUGUAAAAGAUGGAACCCUUAGAGCUGACAAAGAACACACACAAAGCAAACAAUUGAUUUGUGUUCCAAAAUCCACCGCUUUUAAGAGGAAAGAAGAAAGAUUUAGUUUUAAUCAAGAGGCAGAUCUCCAUUCAAUGGAUUUAGAGGAUGGUGCUGACAAUGCCAAUGAGUGUCGAGCAAAUACUAAACCAUUAGCAAUAGAUCUUAAAGACAUAUUGGAUGAAAGGGAAAACGAAACAAGUGUCAGCCUGGUAGAUUUUGCUGGACAAUUUGCUUAUUAUGCAUGUCAUCAAAUUUACAUGAGGUCAGAGGCUUUUUAUACUCUAGUGUUGGAUAUGACUAAAGAAUUUGAGGAUGUCGUUAGCAAUGAAAAAGACGAGCGAAAGGGUUCUGUCUUUUCUACGUGGACUAACAAAGACUAUCUUCGAUUCUGGGUCAACUCCAUAAAAUCGUUCGGUGGUUCUGGUGCUACGGUACUUCUUGUAGCUACACACGCAGAGGGCAAAACAAAGGACGAAAUCGAAAAGUUUUUUGAGAGCUUUUGGUUUGCUGUACCAGAAGAGGACAAAGCAUGGCUUUACAAGUCUAUUAAUGGAAACGAAUUUGCAAUUGGACAAAAAGAAAUGAACAAAGGAUGUAAGAAUUCUCUACAGUCCAUAAAAUGUUCAAUUGCAGACAUAGUAUCACGCAAAUUAGACACAAAAAUCGAAGUUCCUUCUUCAUGGGCUUUGCUUGAACAUUAUUUGAAAAAAUUAAAACAGCCGCUGCUGUCCACUGAGGAAAUCAAGAAAGUCAAUUCUGAAAUCCCCGAAAAAUAUCAAUUGAAAACAAACGAAGAAAUUUUAGAUUUUUUACUAUUUUAUCAUGUACAUGGAAUUUUUCUAUAUUUUGAUGAAGAUGGACUAAACGAGCAUGUUAUUCUUGGAAUACAAUGGUUCUCUAAUGCAUUCAGCAGAAUUAUUGCUGAUAAAAACCACGUCACCAAAGAUUGUAAAAGAAUAUAUGUAAAAGAAUGGAAAUGUUUCAACGAGACUGGGGAACUAAAGGAUACACUUCUCGAAGCUCUUUGGAAAGAGGAACCAUUGUAUGUUAAAUACAAAGUUGAGCUUAUGUCCUUUAUGGAGAGGCUUCGAAUGCUUGUCGUGAUAAGUGAGAAGAAAACUGCAAUGUGUUGGUAUGUCCCAUGCAUGAACAAGAAACCCUUUAAAAAAGACAUCUUUGACGAGAAGUGGAGUUAUUCGUCGAUUUUGUGUUUUCGAUUCAACUCCUUUGCCACGUUUGUGUUUUAUAGGCUCGUGGCCUAUUGCAUGAGUUUCCUCGGAUGGCGUGUUGCCUGUGAUAAAGGCAGUCAAUGUCUCUAUCACACAGCAGCAGUGUUUGAACAUCAACAUCACACAGUUGUUCUUGGUAUAUGUCAUGAUGACAUACAGCUGCAAGUCAUGCGCAUUGCUCCUUUACCAAUAGAAUGUGAAGUAUGUCAUAAAAUCGGAAAUGACAUUGAAUAUGGACUAUCAGAACUCACGAAGACUUUUGCUGAAAAAAAGAAUUUUCAGAGAGGCUUCAAAUGUCAAAACAUUAUAUGCAAUGAAAAGGAUAUGUCAUUUAUUCCUGAGAGUGAAAUGUGCGAAAUAGAAUAUAAAACAGUCCAAUGCAUGCACUGUCACAUCGGUGAAAAACACGAAAUAAACAUUCCCAGUAUCCUGCGAUUCUGGAAACAGGAGGAACCAAAGCCCUCACAGUUCCAUUCACAGACAAAGAGGUCAGCGCAGAAACGGAAUCGUUCAAAUGUUUCAACACAUUCUGAGCCGAAGACGAAAUUAUCAAAGACGGGACCACUGUAUCCCUUUUCCAAGACAACGUUGCAGAGAGAUGUCAUGACAAGUGAGCUUAAAGCCGAAGUCAGCAGAAGUGUUGGGAUGAUUUACAUCGACGGUCAUCCUGCAGGAACAGGAUUCCGUGUGGGAGGCAAAUACAUUAUGACUUGUUUACACGUAGUGCAGAGCACAAUUAAAGCAGAACAUCGUAAAUUGAUGGACCACUCCAGAAUCUUUAUACAAUUUGAGAGGAAGCUUUACCUUCAAGACCGUGAAGAAAAAAAUACUUUCAACUUUGAACAAUCUGUUCAUUAUGUACACGAUGGAUUUGAUGUUGCUAUUCUGGAACUAAAGAGGCAUCACCUUGCAGACGUCGGGUUUCCUCCACCUUUGUCUUCAUUCAGUACGAUUCAGCAGUUUCCUUCAGAGGUACAUCUUAUUGGUCAUCCUGGUGGUGCUCAGAUGAAGGAAGACAGCGAAGUUUAUCCCGGAAUUAUUGAACCAAAUAAUUAUGUUGACAAAUACAUUGAAUACCUAAGUCAGUGGAGUGUUGACAAUUUUCCUGAUGGUGUCGACUAUUACAGAGAACUUCGUGAUCCACCGAGAAAAAUCUUAUUCCAUACAACCUUUGACAGAGGGUCGUCUGGUUCACCUGGCGUCAUAUUUAGACAAAAACGACCAAGCGUUGUUCUCAUCGUAAGGGGCGGUGCUCCUAGUUGUUUUUACGAGAACAAAUUCCCAGACUUGUCAAUAGAAGACAAAAAGAAGGUUGAAUAUGGAUAUGCAAUGGAAGAUAUUCAUCAAGAUAUGCGUACCUCACAAAAGAGAAGAAUAAAAAAACUAGCAUCAGAAAUAUUCAAAGAAUGGAUUUAAAACAGUUGCAUAUCCUGCAAGAGGAGUCGAAAUUUUGCAACACCAUUGCAACAAAUGUUUAUAACAUCGAUGUGUAUCUAAUACUUGGAAGAAACAAAAAGUAACGUUAAAUUAAAAAAAACAAACUUUUCCCCUAGAAAUGUUAUAAAUAGAAGUAUUCAUAUUCCUAUGUAAGCUGCAUCCCCAGUUUAUAUAGAUCAUUCUUUUCACCAGUUAUAUGACUUUCAUGAUAAUGUUCUUAAAUUUCAUACAAUUUCCGCUUGGAGAGAAUGUUAGUUAUUAAUUGUGUGUAUUUCUUUUAAAAGACGGAAUGGUUAAACAACACAUGCUCAUAUUUGUGUAGACCUAUGCUAUUUAGUAUUGCAAAGAUAGGUCUGCGCACCUUUUGCGGGAGAUGCAAGACUGGUGAUAGUGUAAUGUGUAAUUGAGUUCUUAACGCUUAUUUUGUUUAAAAAUAAUACAUGGUAAACAAAUUUCUCAAUUACUAAUUAGAUUUAUAUUAUUUAUAAAUUAUCCGUGUCAUAGGUAGAAGUUGAGAAAGAAUAAAAAAAACUAGCUAAUUACAUUAAAAGUUUACCUAAACUUCUUAAAUGAUACAAUUAAAAUAGAUACAUAAGCACUAAGGACAGGUCGGAUCUAUUCGGGCCCCUAACGUAUUUUUCUUCCUGACAAAUAUUUAUACCUUUGGCUUAUGGCUUGCCAAACUAUCUCAAAUAAUUGAACAGAUUUGGCUCUAUUCUGGUCACUGAUCAACUGUCUGAGUCAAGAAGUUUAUAUACCAGAAAUUAAUAUCAUUUAUUCUUUUCUCCACUUUAACAGGCAUGACACAGCUUUUUAGUGUCUCCUACUUUUAAACUAGUAAGAGAACUAUUAGAAAGAGGUGUCAGGUUAUUCCGUUAUGAUUCUUAUUGCGGCCACUAAAACGUUUGAUGUGAAAGAUCAAAGACAUCACCAAUGUAUUUGCUACAGACGUAAAGAACUAUACACCAAUUUCAUAACAAUAGCAGGUUUUUUUAGAGAUCAACUGAGUGCAGUAAAACUUUCGAACAAAUUUUAAAACAUGCAAAUAUCUUGGAAUAUGUGGAAACCCAUAUUUAUCCUUGUUGAUGUACAGUUUGUUAUAAAGUGGUGCCUGUAUGAUUUGAAUGCAUUAUUGAAUUGUUUUUUUUCUUCAAAUCACAAGUGUGUCAUUUAUUAAUGCUCUGAAAAAUAGAAUUACACGUGUAGGGCUUGAGAUUAUAAUACC